AAACCUUUGAAAUGCUUAUCAGACUGGCUGAGAAUUACACAAGCACACUUUUCUGCAAUGCAUAUAGAAACAUGGCUGCUGAGGCUACUACACAUAUUCAGGAGUUUUUUGCGGAUGUUGGACUCUUCAUGUUUGGCACAGACAUUAGCACAGAGGAAUCUGUCAAUAGAUUUUUUGACACCCUGUUCCCAGUCAUCUAUAACCAUGUGAUUAACCCUGGUCUGACUGACAUUUCACUGGAAUAUGCAGAGUGCCUCCGAAUGGCAAGAAGAGACAUCAGACCCUUUGGUAACAUUCCCAAAAAGGUCAUAGGACAAAUGGGAAGAUCACUGUUACCCAGCCGGACUUUUUUGCAGGCUCUGAAUUUGGGGAUUGAAGUGAUCAAUACAACAGAUCAUCUGCAUUUCUCUAAAGACUGUAGCAGAGCUUUCAUAAGAAUGCAGUACUGCCCCCACUGCCAAGGGCUGACUCUAAGUAAGCCGUGUAUGGGCUACUGCCUCAACAUCAUCCGAGGCUGCUUAGCUAACAUUGCAGAAGUUGAUCUUCAUUGGCGGGGAUACAUUCAGUCCCUGGAGGAGCUCUCUAGUGCCAUGAGUGGAACAUAUGACAUUGAGCAGGUGCUUCUGAACUUCCACUCGCUUGUUAAUGAUGCUAUUGUACAGGCUCAUAUCAAUGGGCCAGAACUAUCUGAGCAG